AUGGCUGCAUGCAUGCAAGAAGCAGAAGAAGAAGAAGCAGACGCAGAGCCAGAGCCAGAGCCAGAGCCAGAGGCGAAGAAGAGAGGGCACCGGACAUACGCAUUGAUGGAAGGAUCUCGAUGUCCGGACUUGACUCGGGAUGCCAGUGUUUUUGCAGGUUUGAUGCCUGAGCAUGACAAAAGUCCGCCCUAUCUCGGCCUCUGCUUUGAGCAGCAUCGAAGUCGUGCCCCCAGCGCAGAGCAGAGGCAGAGUGGCUGGCAGACGGAAGGGUCUCUCCCCAUUCUGUUUACUCUCUUAAUGCCUAGCAUAUGGAACUAUAUCGGCUUUAGGUCGGGUCGUUAUAGCCACCACGCCCAGGACAAAGAAGUCAGUCUCCUUUAUCCUCUGUUCCCCCGCUCAGCCAGCGACGCCGAGUUACGGCUUCAAGCGCCUACCAAGCCUCUGACGUAA